AUGGAUCCAUUCUCCGGUGAAGGUGAACUCCUCAACAUAACCACUGCAUUCUACACCCACGCCUACCAGACCGUCCUUGCCUUUGACACCUCUUCACUCUCCUCAGAAAACAAGACCACCGCACAGAUCCUCAAAUACCGCGCACAAAUAGCCGUGGGCGAUGCCUCGUCCGUCAUUUCCUCCCUCAAGCAAUCGCAAGACGCCGCCUCUCGCUCGAUAGUUGCUUUGGCACAACAAGCGGCCGGCAAUCACUCUACAGCACUCGAAACAGCGUUAGCUCUCUCUGAAUCUGAUGCGGAGGAGGCCGUGGUUCAGAUAUGCUGCGGUACUGUCCUGGCAGUGGCAGGCGAAUACGUGAAAGCUGUCGAUCUGUUAUCCAAACACCAAGGCUCCCUUGAAGCCGUGGCACUACUGGUGCAGAUCCACCUGAUGCAAAACCGCACAGAUUUGGCUGUCAAGGAAGUCGCUGCCGCCAAGCGCUGGGCCCAGGAUUCGUUACUGAUCAACCUGGCGGAGGCUUGGACGAAUCUGAGGGAAGGCGGGCAAGAGAAGUAUCAAUCCGCUUACUACGUCUACGAAGAACUCGCGUCCACGCCAGGAAACACCAGCCCUACGGCAUUGGUGGGGCAAGCUGUGUCCGAGAUACAUCUGGGGAGGUUUGAAGAGGCCGAAGCGGCGUUGCAGCAAGCUGUGGGAAUGGCGAAUGCCGAUGUCCAAGCCAUUGCAAAUAGUGUCGUGCUGGCGAGCAUUAUCGGAAAAAAGAGCGAGGACGUACAAGGACUGUUCCAACAGCUACGAGAGAAAGACGCGGAGCAUGCGCUGUUGAGAGAUUUGGAAGAGAAGAAUCAGCUCUUCGAUGAUGCAGCGGCUAAGUACAGUGCCAAAGUUGCAGCAUAA